AUUAUAGGGCUGAAAUUGGACUAAAGCUUGACUAAAGCGGUUAAUUAUCAGUGAUGUCGGAGUAUUACGAUCACCACCACCGCUGGGAGCCGUUGGCCGAGUUUAAUUUCUUCUUUGACGAUGAUGAAGAAUAUUAUGACGAUAAUUACAUUUAUUGUUUAUGUAGCCGUGCUUUUAUAAGAGAUGGAGUGAAAACAUACUACGCUAACAAAGAGUAUGGUAGUGAGAGCGAUGCAGAUGUGGUGGAAGACUCUCAGUCACAGGAUGUUGAUGAACACUCACACGUACAUUUCUCUGUAGAUACAUCUUAUAAAACUAAAUGUGAGAAAGAUGAGGGUGCAAGUUGCUAUUGCAGUGCAUCUCAUACUGACAAUUAUUGUUCAACUGAUGAACUUGACCCUACUCAAGUCCAUGGCUUCCCUUCUCAUGCCCUCCAACCCAGUGACAGUGGUGCUGAUCUUACAUACCAAGACUGCCACUCUGACUUCACCACACUUGAUAAAAUGGAAAGAAUGGAUCAGGAUAUUCCUGGCAUAAUUGCCACUGAAAGUACUGAAAGUAACGAAAAUUAUUUAUCAGAAGAUACAUGGGAAAAAUUCUGGGCGGCCAACGGUGAAAGGAUUAUAUGGGCCUCGUGGAUUAAAAAGUACAGUGAUUACAUUAAUCCAGCAUAUCUUGAUGAUAACAAUGAUCUUGUUAUGGAUGAAAAUAAUAUCCCAAAACAACACUCCGCUGAGCCUAUAUGUGUCAUAGAUGUUGUGGAUUAUAAAGAAAAUGUUGAUGAAAGUAUGAGGGAGAGGAAAUUUUCUUAUGAUUCAAAAGUUAACCCAUAUAAAACAGGCAGCAAAGAUAUAAAUUCCAUGGACAAAUAUGAUACAAUGAAUGAAAAAACAGAAAAGGAUGAUAAUUGGCUCGCUACACGCAGAAGGCGGUCUUGUUCAGAACAUGAUAGAAUUCUGAGUCCUAGAACUCUUCAGGGCACUGAUUCAUUGACAAAUGUAACUAAAAUAACCCUUUCGAGUUGCAAUGUUACUUCAAGCCAUGUAACAUCUGAAUCGACUCCUACAGAUGAUUAUAGUGUAUCUUCAAAUACAUCCGAUGAUCAGCUUAAUGACCAAACCAGAAUUGUAAAUAAUGAAGAUAAUUCAGAACAAAUGCCAUCUGAGGAGCUAGAUACUGAGCAAUAUUGGCAAUUCCUUUGGAAGAAGCAUUUCGCUGAUCAAUAUGCUCUCCAUUAUGCAAAUUAUAUUGAAUGUCAGAAAGCAAAAAAUAAAGAAAUGUCUGUGUUAAAUGUUCAAGGAAACAAAAUAGAAGAAAUAAAGGCUUUUGAUGUUGAAUGUGAAAAUAGUGAGGGGAAUUCACAAGAACUGCCAUCUGUAAUUGAAGUUCAGACACAAAUUGAAAACAUUAAGUUGGAAGAAAAGGUUACUAAGCCAAAGAGAAGAAAUAAACACACUAACAAUCGUAUUAUAAAUUCAGUGGGUGUCUUGUUACAAAAUUUACUAAAAGAACAGAAAGAGAAAUCCUUUGAUGAAACGGUAGAUGGUGAAGAUGGAAAAUCAAAUAAUGAUAAGACUGAACCAGUUACAUUGGAUACAAAUGAGACUGUUUCUGAAACAAACGAUGUGCAAAACAAUAGCAGCAUUAAUUCUUAUUAUAAUUAUUCUGAUGGAGAUGAUGACCCACCAGAAGAGAAACCAAUGUCUUUAAAAAGAAGUCACGAAAUUGACGACGAGGAAGAUAAUUUUGAAAAGGUGAAAUCAACAAUCCAAAUUAUGGGGUUCUCAUGCUUUCAAGAUAAAUUACCACAUGGUGAACUUAUAUACAGGAAAAGACUAGGCAGGUUACGUCCCCCGAGAAACAAGAGAUUUGGGAAACAUACGUACUUUGAUGAUGAUGGAAAUCCAUAUGAUGCAGAUCAGAAUCGCGACUCACAAGAUGUUAAUGAAAUACUGACAGACAAUGAUGGAUCAGAACUACAAUCUGAUGCUGAGAAAUCAAGUUCAGACGUAAAUAAAUUAGAAGCAAGUAUGUCAGAAAAUGAAAAUACAGAAAAUAGAUCUGAGAAUAAAACUGAAAAAACCAAUGAAAUUGACUCUACAGAUACCAAGAGUAAUUUACAAGUUAAUUUAGAAUCACAGAGCAAUAAUGACGGACAGGCAGAAAUGGUGGUCACUACACCAAUUAUAAUUAAUCGCAGGCAUCGACCAAGCCGACCGAAAAAGCUACCUAGAGUGGAAUAUUGCAAUACAGAAGAUAUGCCACCUGAAAUCAAAGAAGAUCCUAAAAUGUACAAGUAUUGGAAGAAACGGCAUUCAUUAUUUCACCGGUUCGACGAGGGCAUCCGGCUGGAUCGUGAGAGCUGGUUCAGCGUGACCCCGGAGACCGUGGCGCGCCACGUGGCGACCAAGUGCGGCGGCGCCGUGGUGGCCGACGCCUUCUGCGGGGCGGGAGGGAACACCAUCCAGUUUGCGAGAUCCUGCGAGCGAGUAAUCGCCAUAGACAUAGAUCCAGUGAAAAUUCAAAUGGCUAAACACAAUGCGGAAGUUUAUGGAGUGGCACACAAAAUUGAGUUCAUUGUGGGAGACUUUUUUGAUAUAGCACCGACAAUAAAAGCAGAUCUGGUAUUCUUAAGCCCUCCUUGGGGCGGACCAACUUAUUCGGUAAAACAUGAGUAUGAUAUCGAAACUAUGUUGGAACCAAAACCAGCUUCGGAGUUAAUGAACGUGGCUCGCAGGAUUAACAGAAAUAUAGCACUUUACCUACCAAGAAAUACAAGAUUGGAUCAGAUACUCUCUUUAGCUCGAGAAUUAGGCGGAACUGUUGAAAUAGAACAAAGUUAUUUAGGCAGAAGAUUUGUAGCCAUCACUGCAUACUUUUAUGAAUAAUUUACACAUUAAAUACUUCUUUACUAACAAAUAUUCGAUUUCUCGGAACUGCUGAUUGAUGUACAUGAUUACAUGUACUAUUUUAGUUCAUGUAAACGUUGUAGUCAUUGAAAUGAUUUGAAAAAAAAAACAUCAACAAAGUUCGGUAGUAAAAAUCAUUACAAAAUAUGCCCACAAUAAAAUUAUUCAUAAUAUUGUUAAUCUGUGUUGUAAUAGAUUAUAAAGUAUAUAACAAAUUAAAUUUCUUUAAUAUG